AUUAAAAGUAAUGGACAGUUUGUUAUCACCAAGAAGAGUAAUUAUAAUAUCUGACACUAAUCAAAAUUCUGGAAAAAAUAUACAAAAGUCCGAACAGCACAAACAGCUUAUUGAUGAUAAGAAAAUGGAAGAACAAGUAGCAAAAAAUAAGAGCAAAUUGACAAGAAGAAAGAUAGAGGGAAGCUAUGUACCACUUUCGCGUCAUCUUCUCAGUUCAGAUUCUGAUGAAGAUAAAGUUGAGAUUAAGAAGAAACAAAAACUGAAAACAUUCGACAGCGAUGAUGAUGAUAGUUCAUUGGGUUCCAAUCCUGCUAAAAAACCAAAUCAUUCAAACCAGGACAUUUCUGGUAUUGGAAAGUUGGAAGGGCAAAGAGUCGAGCUGCAAAAUUUGGAUGUAAUACUUGAAGGUUUGUUAUACUCUAUGCAUCAGUUAUUCUAUUAAUUUUUCAUAAAGUAUAAAUUGUAUAUCGAUAUAUUUUAUAGCUGUUAUGAAAAAUCAAGAAAUUAUAACUAAAAGUCAAACAGUCAUAACAAAGAUGUAUCAAACAAUUAAAGAGCUGAAGCCUAAUUUAAAUCGUAAAUGCACUGAUAAUUCUGACUCUGAUAAAAGAAGCGAAAAUUCUUUGGAUGAAAAAAAAAAGUCACGUUCCACUCCUAAAAAGCCAAAAUUUGAUAUGGUAAAUGAAUAAAUGAGAUUGUUUCUUAUAAUAGUUAGUUAUAAUUUAUGAUACAUAAAUUUCAAAAAUUGCAGAUAAAAGUUGGGGAAAGAUCAGGAUAUUGUAUCACAUACGAUCAAUGGAAUAGUGCUCUUAGCAGAGGUAGUUUUACAAGUAUGGGCCUCUCUCUCCUUAGGUCAAUGUUCAGUAUGGAAGACCUUUUAACUAGCAGCUUGAAAGGUGGAAGCACAAAACUGACUGACGAUGGGGGAAAAGUAGUCAGAAAGGCGUUAAAUGAGAAUAAGCUAGCGGAUUUAAUAGGUAAACAUUACCAAAAUUCAUCGAAGAUAAAAAAAAUCGAUAUUUUACUUAUUUUAUAUAUUCGAUUAGAUGCUGUAAGAGAACGUCACCCGAAAACCUUCAACGGAAGUGUAUUGAGAGCAGCCUUAAACAAUAAAUUGUCCGGCCUACGAUCUCAACAUGAUAAAAUUAAAACGGAAGUAUGUGAAAAUAUUUAAAUAUCAAAUCAAUUAUUGUCAUUAAAAUUCUGUUCACUAAUUGUUAUGUUUCAGGAUUCUUCGAAAAUAACGAAGAACCCCAAAAAUAUGGAAGAAGAAAAUUCUUAGUUUGAUAUGAUAAUCCGUAUUUUUUAUCAAUAUGUAGUUUUUUUGACUUUUCAUAACAAUUUUUAUAAUCAAUAAUAAUAUAUAACAUGGAA